UAUCUGAACUUUUCUUUACUUAAGCCUUAGGGUAUGCUGCUUAUUAGUACCCAAGAAACAUCAUAAAUAAUAAAAAUUGUUGAUCAUUGAAUCAAGAUCUCUCUCUCUAACAAACUCCCAAACUCACAUUUGUGGUACUGUCAGGGUUAAACAAGUUCGAUCAAGUUUUAGCAGUCAUGGCGCUUUUGCUUCCUCUGUUUCUUCUCUCUUUCAUGGUUACCUACUCAAACGCGGCGGUUUGUGUGUGCAAGGACGCGAGCGAGCUGGAUCUUCAGAAGGUGAUAGACUUCGCAUGUGGAGGAGGUGCUGACUGUACUCAGAUUCAGACGACCGGAGCUUGUUAUCAACCAAACACCGUCAAGAACCACUGUGACGUCGCCGUUAACAGCUACUACCAGAAGAAAGCUUCCACCGGUGCCACCUGUGACUUUAACGGCGCCGCCGUCAUCUCCACUUCCCCUCCUUCGACUACGUCAAACUGUUUAUCUAGUUCCAGCUCAAACGGAACCCCCACUGCCGGAUAUCCACCAACCGGCAAUUCAACCACCGCAACUCCAGGCACCACAAAUCCAACCACAGGAAAUUCAACAAGCAGCACACUACCCACUGAUGAUAAGCCGACAUCAUCUACGAUAGCAUUUCCUAACACUACUAUGGGACCGUCCAGCAGCACCAGCGGUUUCGGUGUAGGUGAUCCCAACGGUGGAGAAGAGCUCUCCGUCCGAACCACGAUGAUUGUCUUGCUAACUACCAUCGCUGCCGUGGCAUUGAGGGUUUAGGUGAGAUCAUCUCAGAUGAUGACAAGGACGUUUAUUUGUUAUGAGAGCCAAGUUAGAGCUUCUCUUUCUUCCCACUUUUUAAUCUUUGUAGGGGUGUGACUCUCUCUUUCUCUCUCUCUCUCGAAGACCUUAAUCAAGAGCUUUUGCUUGCUUUCUUUUGUAAAUUCAGAAAAACUGAGAUGCUCUUUGGUUUAUAUUAUUUUUACUUAUAAUUAUGCGUUUACAAUAAAAGAUAACCCCACUUUCUCAA